GACUCACACACCACAUCCUUCUCCUUCUGCUUCAACAUCAUCAAUUACUACUUCCGUGAUCCUGCCAUCCUCACAAUAUUCCACAACGAUACUUCCAUCUUCAAAUUUUCCCACGACGCAUCACUCACUAUCGUACCAGAAAUUUGAGGAAAUGGUAUCGUUGCCAUUUUCUUCGCCAUUGAUACAGACAGCUGCCGUGACAGUGGCAUCGCCACGGUUCCAGACAUGUGCCAUGAUUGUGGCAUCGCCACUGGUACAAACAGCUGUCUUGGUUGUUACAUCGCCAGAGUUACAAACUUGUGCCAUGAUUCCGUCAUAUCAAUCUAUCCAGACUUCGGUGCUCUCACUACCAUCCCUUUGGACACAAGCAGAAACAGAAACCAAUCAGCAUAAUAAUUCCAGUAUAUCAUCUCAACCAGACAAAUUACCAAUUCAACCACCGCAGCAAAAUAUUCCUAGUAUCAACAUCAAUGAAAUCAGUUUUGAACAUUCCGACAAUGGCAAUAUAAAGGUGCUUGGCAAAGGGGCGACAGCUGAGGUGCUGCAAGGCAAUUUGCAUAAUGAUUGUUGGGUGAAGAAAAUUGCCAUUAAACUUUUUACUAAUGACCAGCACAAAAACUUUAGUUACAUUGUUCAAGAAGCGAGAAUAUUGCAAAUUCUAAAUAACUCAAAUGUGACACCAAAAGUCUAUGGAAUAAUACAAAAUAAUAGCUUUCCAUUAUGUUUAGUUGAGGAACUAAUUGAAAAUUCAAUGGAAUUGUACAAACUUUUGUCAAACCCUUCGAUAACACACUCUGCAUGGCUUCAUAUUGCUUUAAAUAUUUCAAAAAGUUUAAAAGUAAUUCAUGACGCUGGUGUUCUUGUUAACGACAUUAAAAGUGAUAAUAUCAUGAUUAAUACCCAUGAUUUAUCAAUUAAAUUCAUUGAUAUGGGCCAUGCCAGCCAAAAGGGAGGACGGAGUUUUGAUCUACCCGAAGCAGAUGCAUAUAAAUACCCGCACAUGGGCCCCGAAAUAAGCUGCGGACAGACCACGACAAAAGCAACAGACAUCUUCAGUCUGGGAUAUCUGCUAAGGAUGUUCCCGACAAGCCCUUUAAAGGUACAGGGACAACUCUGCAUGCAUCCCUGUCCGGCUCAUCGACCACUAAUCGAUGAAGUAGUUGAAUAUAUAUCUUCGCACAUAAAGUAAACUUUGCAUGUUGUAAAUGUUAAGUUAAGUGAAUAUUUAUUUUGUUUUCCUAUUGGUCAAUUACAAUGUAACUAAAUUACUCUCUCAAGGAGCGGAUGUGCAGUGCACUUUGUAAACAUAUUAAAU